UACACAAUAUAUUAAAUAAAAAAUGUCCAGUGGAGCUGAUCGGAAAGCUUCAGCUGGCGACAAUAUCGUAAACGAGCAGCCAAUCGAAAUAAGCUCAGAUUCGAGCGUAGAAGAUAAUAGCAACUGUGAAGCGCCCUCCGAUUCUGAAAGUGAAGUAAGUGUCCUGAGCUCACUGGUCGACAGCAGCGAUUCGCACGAUGACCAAAAGCUGGCGGAUGAGUUCUCGGCCAUAUUGGACAUAGCCAAUAAGAAAUAUAGGCAUUAUAUGGAUUUGUGUACCACGGCCUUCAAAUUGAAUGUCUUUGAGAAGAUUGAAGUGGCCAUUAAUGAGUUCCAGGCAUUCACAACUGUGCCGCCGCAUAUAUGGCUUCGUUAUCUCAAGGCUCUGAAGGUGGUCACCCAAACUCCGGCAGAGUGGGAGAUCUUUAAGACAAAAUGCAGUCUGGCUUUGGCCAGCUUCUAUGAUGACCAACUGGCUGAAUUUGUUGUCAAAAGCUUGAUGGAGCAGCCACUCGCUGAUCAUCUGCAGAUGUGGUCAAAGAUUCUGGCAGAUUAUGGCUUAGAACGCUUCGAUUUCGUUGAAGAAGCACGCAGAUUGGUUGCAUCUCUGGAUGAAGACAACAUUGAAAUGAUUGAGCAAACAUUGAGCGCCAAUUGCGUGACCUGGCAUUACGACCAGGAUCAAAUGGAGCCGAUUGCAAAGCUGAUUGACGAGUUCAAACAGAAGUUAAAAAGUAAUGCAGAGAAUUCGUCCUGGCUGCAGGAAAGCUAUCUGCUAAGGGCCGAAACUUUGUCGCUCAGCACAAAUAUGAAAUGCACCCUGACCAAAUUGAUAUACGAGCGUUGCCUCGCCAAAUAUCCCACUGACAGUCGUUUGUGGCUGGACUAUAUAGCCUAUAUGGAGAAGCCCAAAGAGCCGGAAUCGGAAGAUCUGUUCCAUACAGCCAUAUGCGAUGGCUAUUUAAAGUGCAAGCCCAUGGAGCUGAUUAGCCGUGUGCUGCAGAUAAAGCCAACAAUUGCGAUCAAUCACAAGUAUUUGGAGCUUUUGGAGCAAAGCAUUCUCAGUACGGAGCAAGUGGAGUCGGAGAUUAAGCGCCAGCUGAAACGUCUCGAGCCGCAUAUGGAAAUGAACGUGGAGCUGCAGCUAGACUACUUGGCCUACCGCGUGCGUCACACCGAUGUCAACAACGAGGAGGAGGUCAAGCAGUUGCGAAAUGCCUUUCGCGAGGUGUGGGAUCGUUUGUCUGAACUCUACGGCGACCUGGCAGACACCUGCUUCGAGGUGCUGCAGCUUUGGGCUCAGGUGGAGUACGCGAAGCUAAAAUCUCCCGAUAAAGGAGCUGACAUCUGGUGUGAGAUUUUCAGCUAUCCGGGCAGCAGUGUCAAGGCGCAUCUGUGGCUCGCAUAUGCCCAAAUGGAGAUCCAAUAUAAUAAGAGCCAAAAAGUGUCCAUUGUGCUCAGGCAGGCCUUGGAGGCGCUCUCUAUGUCACCAGAAGUGCAGAUUAUAGUCGAAUUUUAUCGUCGCCACGAGCGCUGCUUUGGCAACUAUGAGUCAAUAGCCGAGUGCCAGAAAUACUGCGAGGCGUACAUGGAACAAGCGGGCAGCUACGGGCAUCAAUCAGCCUGGCGACAGGGCAAUACUAGACGAAUGCCAGCAUACCAAAAGCCGGAAAGGAAGCCGCCCAUCAAAUCGUCCAAGAAGCCGUUGCCGGCUGCCAAGAAAACAAUGCCAUCAAGCUCCCAGGCAAAAGAGGCAAAAGAAUCUAAUUUUAAGUAUUCAUCAAAUAUGGAAAAGAAUAAGAUAUUUAUAAAAAAUCUAUAUCCGCAAUGUACCAAAGAGGAUUUAAUCAGUGCAUUCGAAAGUUUUGGCGUCAUCAAGGAUGUGCGCCUGGUCUACCGACCCAAUCAAAAAUUCAAGGGCAUUGCCUACAUUGAGUUCGAGAAGGAGCAGGAAGCGCAAAAUGCGGUCAUCGGCAGCAAUGGCAUUGACAUUGGCGGCCAAAUCAUUGACGUUGCCAUUUCCAAUCCGCCACCGAAGCUACCCAAAGGACCGUCUACAUCCUCGGGCGCGUCAGCAGUCGGAGCUGCCGGUGAUAAAAGGCAGACAGUGAAACGUCGUCAUCAAACAUCGCUGAUACCCACACGCUUCAUCAUCACUGAGGUGAAGCGUCGCAAGAAGCUCGAACUGGACGACGAUGCAGCGGUUAGCAGUACAAACGAUGCGGCCAAUGGCAACAAUACCAACAAUUCCAAUUCCAAUGCCAAUGCCAAUGGCAAUGAUAAUGGGAAUGUCAAUGACAGUGGCAAGGAGACGGCGGAGCAGCCGCCGACAGCAUCAGUGUCGACUGGCCCAAAGAGCAACGAUGACUUUCGCAAGCUCUUUAAUAUUUAAGCUUAACAUAAGCAAUUGAUGUUUUUUAUAGUAUGAUAAGUUAGCUAUAACGCGAUGCCUGAGAAUCCCCCAAAACAAAAAUGAAAACGAUAAACCUGAAGCAGAACACAUGAAGCAGCUGCGGUGCAUGCUGUUCCCCAUAUACAUACAUAUUUUUGGUUAACUAUGGAAAACGGAAAACAAAUUUACAAUUUGGCAAUUAGACUUAAAU